CCCUCGUGGGAAGAAGGAUCAAGCAGAUUGUGUUCUAUGAGCUGCUGCCCUGGCUUUUUUCUCAAAGGAGGAGCUGCUCCCACUCGCCUUUUCCUUUGACAUUUCUGGGCCUGUCCUGCCAAGAGGAGGAGCUCUGCCCCCCACUCCUUCCUCCCCAUUCCUCUUUACCCCAUAGAAGAGAUGAGAUAACUAGUGGAACCUGCUGGCUAGCUCCAUCCUCGCAUUAAAGCAUCCUAGCAGCUGGGAGCCACACUGCCGGCCUCCCCAAGUCACAGCUGUGCAACCUACUCAGAGGAGAUUUGCCUUGCCAAAGGAUACCCCAGCAGACUGAUGACUCUUGCUUAGUCAAAAGUGACAAUUUGAUUGCCUUAACCUACCAGUCAAGAUGGCGCUGUCAGUGGAUUCCUCUUGGUAUCGCUGGCAAGGGCAAGUUAAGGAUCGCUUCUCCCAGCCUCCUUCAGAAUCCACCCCACUGCUGUCCGUGACUAAGGAAAGACAGAGCUACAAUCUGAAUCAACAACGGAUCGUUUUUCCUAACAACAAGAUAUUUCACCAAGACUGGGCAAAAGUUUCCAAGUUUUACUCUGGCAACAGGAUUCAUACCACCAAAUACACCCUGUUCAGCUUCCUACCCAGAAACCUCUUCGAGCAGUUUCACAGAUGGGCUAAUCUCUACUUCCUCUUCCUGGUGAUUCUGAACUGGAUGCCACCUAUAGAGGUCUUCCACAGAGAAAUCACCAUGCUACCUUUGGCUAUUGUGCUGCUGAUUAUCAUGGUGAAAGACGGCGUGGAAGACUACGAGAAAUAUCGAUUUGACCAAGAGAUCAACUCCUCCAGCAUUCAAAUAUAUGAAAAGAAGGAACAAGGCUACAUGCAGAAGCAUUGGAAGGAUGUUCGAGUGGGAGACUUCGUCCAACUUCAGUGCAAUGAGAUCAUCCCAGCAGAUAUCCUCUUACUCUUCUCUUCUGAUCCCAGUGGAGUCUGCCACCUGGAAACUGCCAACUUGGAUGGGGAAACCAACCUCAAACAAAGGCGUGUUGUGAAGGGCUUCUUCAACCAGGAGCCUCAGUUUGAACCAGAACUCUUUCAAAGCAAGAUCGUGUGUGAGAAGCCUAACAAUAACCUCAGUAGAUUCAAAGGUUAUAUGGAACAUCCAGAUCAGACCAGGACUGGCUUUAACAGUGAGAGUCUUCUGCUCCGUGGGUGCACCAUCAGGAACACAGAGGUGGUGGUCGGCAUUGUCAUCUAUGCAGGCCAUGAAACAAAAGCUAUGCUGAACAACAACGGCCCGCGGUACAAGCGCAGCAAGAUGGAGCGUCAGAUGAAUAUCGACAUUUUCUUCUGUGUGUGGAUUCUCUUCCUCAUGUGCCUCAUUGGAGCUAUAGGUCACAGCCUUUGGAAGAGAACGUUUUCAGAAAUUCCCCCUUUUGAUGUUCCAGAUGCUAAUGGAAGCUUCCCCUCAAUUGGACUUCAGGGCUUCUACAUGUUUCUCACCCUGAUCAUCCUACUGCAGACCCUGAUCCCAGUCUCUCUGUAUGUAUCCAUUGAAUUGGUGAAACUUGGUCAAGUUUACUUCCUACACAAUGACAUUGACCUGUACGAUGAAGAAGUCGAUCUAUCCAUUCAGUGCCGAGCCCUUAACAUCACUGAAGACCUGGGCCAGAUUCAAUACAUCUUCUCAGACAAAACCGGAACUCUGACAGAGAACAAAAUGGUAUUCCGGCGUUGUACCAUUAUGGGCAAUGAGUUUUCCCACCAAGAAAAUGCCAAACGCCUGGAGACUCAGAGGGAGCUGGAUUCAGAUGAGGAGGACUGGACCAAAUGUCAGUAUGGGGCCUUGCCAGGCCUCGGCACAGUGAGAUGCCCAGGAGGAGUCAAAUCCCUGAAAAGGAGCCAGAGUGCCCGUGCCCAUUUCCAGAGUCACACUCGGCACAGGUCUGUGGGGAGAUGUGAGAAUGCCCAGUCUCCAGUGGCCUUCAGCAGUACCAUAGAAACGGAUGUGACUCCAGAUCAAGGUCUCUUGACAAAGGUGAAAGGUGCCACCUUGAAACUGGAAACACUGACAGCCCACAAGGUCACCAAACCUUCCCUCUCCACAGGCUCCUCCAUCACUGAUUUCUUCCUUGCACUAGCCAUCUGCAACUCUGUCAUGGUCUCUACAACAACAGAACCCAGGCAGCGGGUCACCAUCCCAUCACAGAUGAAGUCCCUAGGAGCUUCCCUGGAGAAGCUUCACCAGCUGUUCCAGAGGCUUAAACUCUCCAGUUUUAGCCAGUCCUUCUCUUCCACCACUCCACCUGACCUUGGGGAAAGUUUAGGGCCAAACUCCACAGCUGCAGAUUCAGAUGAGCAAGAUGACUCAUCCAGUCAUAGCUGCGGAUAUUCAACAGAUGCUGGCUACCAGAGCAGCUCCAAAGAAGAAGUCAUGACCAGGCACAACAACUUGGGGGCCAGAAGCCCCUCCUUGGAAGAUGUAUUGGACUCAGUGAUGCCAGAGCCAGAAUUCUACUAUGAGGCCGAGAGCCCUGAUGAAGCUGCCCUUGUGCAUGCUGCCCGGGCCUACAACUUCACUUUGGUAUCCAGGACCCCUGAGCAAGUGACUGUGCGCCUGCCCCAGGGGACGCUUCUCACCUUUGACCUCCUCUACACCCUGGGUUUUGACUCGGUGAGGAAGAGGAUGUCAGUGAUUGUAAGGCACCCCUUGACUGGUGAGAUCAUUGUCUAUACUAAGGGAGCUGACUCAGUCAUAAUGGACCUGCUAGAAAACCCUGCCAAAGACCCUGUUGCAGAGAAGAAGCUAAGAAAAAUCCGGGCCAAGACCCAGAAACACCUUGACUUCUACGCAAGAGAUGGGCUACGAACACUCUGCAUCGCCAAGAGGGUCUUAAAAGAAGAGGACUUCCAGAGGUGGGCCAAUUUCCGCCGUGAGGCUGAAGCAUCCCUUGACAACCAAGAUGAGCUACUAAUGGAGACAGCCCAACAUCUAGAGACUCAACUCACCUUACUGGGAGCAACUGGGAUUGAAGAUCGACUACAAGAAGGUGUGCCAGACACCAUUGCUGCAUUGCAAGAGGCAGGGAUCCAGAUCUGGGUCUUGACAGGAGACAAGCAGGAAACAGCCAUCAAUAUUGCAUAUGCCUGUAAACUCUUGGACCAGACAGACAUCGUUUAUACCCUUAAUACAGAGAGUCAGGAGACCUGUGAAUCAAUCCUCAACUGUGCUUUGGAAGAGGUGAAGAGACAUGACACAAGCCAAGCAGAAAACCAGGUCUUUGGCAUCCAUCUUUCUUCUCAGGCGCCAUCUUCCACCAUGGGAGCUACAGGUUCAGAUUUUGGACUGGUGAUUGAUGGGAAGACUUUAAAUAUCAUUUUCCAAGGGAAUCUAGAGAAGAAAUUUCUGGAGUUGACCAAAUAUUGCCGCUCGGUCCUGUGCUGUCGUUCUACUCCACUCCAGAAGAGCAUGGUAGUCAAGCUGGUGCGGGACCAGUUGAAAGUAAUGACUCUAUCCAUAGGUGAUGGUGCAAAUGAUGUGAGCAUGAUUCAAGCUGCUGAUGUUGGAAUUGGGAUAUCUGGGCAAGAAGGCAUGCAGGCUGUGAUGUCCAGUGAUUUUGCCAUCUCUCGCUUCAAGCAUCUCAAGAAGCUCCUGCUUGUACACGGCCACUGGUGCUACUCACGUUUGACGAGGAUGGUCAUUUACUACUUCUACAAAAAUGUGUGCUAUGUCAACCUUCUCUUUUGGUACCAAUUCUUCUGUGGUUUUUCGGGUUCCACGAUGAUCGAUUACUGGCAGAUGAUAUUAUUCAACCUUUUCUUCACCUCCUUACCACCCCUUGUCUUUGGGAUCCUAGAUAAAGACAUCUCUGCUGAAACCCUCCUGGCUCUGCCAGAACUCUACAGGAAUGAGCAGAAUUCUAAGUUCUACAAGCUGUCAACUUUCUGGAUUGCCAUGGUGGAUGCUUUCUAUCAAAGCCUCAUCUGUUUCUUUAUCCCUUAUUUGGUCUACAAGGACUCUGACAUUGGUGUCUUCACUUUUGGAACACCCAUCAAUACCAUCUCUCUCACCACAAUCUUGUUACACCAGGCAAUGGAAAUGAAGACAUGGACAUUCAUCCACUGCACUGUGCUCAUAGUUAGUUUCCUGCUUUAUUUUGUGGUCUCCCUCCUGUACAAUUCCUUCUGCGUCACCUGCAACAGCCCAACCAACCCCUACUGGAUCAUGGAGAAGCAGAUGUCAGAUCCCAUCUUCUACCUCCUGUGCCUCCUUACACCUGUUGCUGCCCUCCUUCCAAGGUAUUUUCUGCUGGCUCUGCAAGGGACCUAUGGAAAUUCACCCCUCCUGAAAGCUGAGAAACUGGACAAACUUCCCAAAGAGAAAAGGGAGCUGGCUAUCCAGGAGUGGAAGAGACAAAGAGAGGGAUUACCCACAGCCUGUCGAGCAGCUCCAUCCCCUGGAAAUGCCAACCUGGGUCACCUGCAAGUCCCCCAUUUCACGGAACAGGAAUCAAGGGACAACUCCCUAAAAGAUUCCUCCCCUCCCAUGAAAAGACAUGUUGGGGACUGUGUACUUAAUAGAGACAGAAGUAGCCCCCACUUCUGUCCAUGUCAUAUGGGGUAUAACCAAAGCUCGCCUCGCUCCGCAGCAAGACCCUCCCCAGAUGAAUACCUCUUGGGACCGAGUGAAUCCGAAGCGUUCGGAAUGUUCAAAAGUCCACAGAUUGGCAUCCCAGGACCCUCAAGCAGAGGGAGCCAUCGCCGAUCCCAGAGCUCAUUGACUAUAUGAAGGGCCUCACACACAGCUGCGUAUGCAGGGACAAACUCCAAACACGUUCAUAUAAUGCGUUAUCUUGUGACCUCAAGCAAGUCACAAUCCGUUCUGGGCAAGUAGAAGAAGACUGGGCAGUCUUGACCCCUUUUCCUAUCGGAAUAAUGACCUCCCUGGAGACAGAGCUGGCUUUCCCAAUAGGUUAAAAAAAAAAUAGUAUGUGGGAUAGAGAACAAAACUGGGAAUUAGACAGCCGCUCUGAGAGUUUUCCACACCCAUCAGGCAGGCCUUCUUACAGAAACGAGUCAUGUGUUUCUUUUUUCAGGAUGAAAAAAUAUUUCCAUGCACAGUGAGCUAGGGCAAUUCUUUAAGAAAUGGCCCUCAAGCCUCCAGUUCCAGGAAUGUGCCUGCAAAUACUGAAUCACUCUAAUGAACAGCUUGUGGGGGUGUAGCGCUUCUCACAUCAAUAAUUUGGCCCACACACUGGAGAAGAACUAAAAUUUCAGAAGACACAGGCCCAGAGUUGGAGCAAAGGAGUCUGAGUUUCUUCCAAAAAUGAUCACACUUCCACCCAGAGGUCUGAACCUUCCUAUAUUCACAAAGUUAGGCCCAAUGACCAUUUAACCUUGAAGAUAGCACUUGUUGCUGUUCCACCUCACUCCUCUUCCCCAUGAAGGCCAGAUUUGAAUUCAUUACUUUGGAUAUCUAUUUUUUGAGGGGGAGAAGGAAAGAGAGAGAGAGCGGGAGGGAGAGAGAGAGAACUGCGUAUUAGUCACUGUUCGACUUGAAUGAAUUUAUCAGCAUUAGAUGUAGGCAAAAGGAUAAAACAGAGCCAAGGAGGAUUUCUUUUGGGUAACCACAAUGUGAUAGGGAAAGAAGGAUCAAAGGACAAGGACUGUGAGGCCAAGCCCAAGAAGAGGAGGGGAAGGACUAGGACAACAUUAAAAAUUCAUUCAAUCAUUCAGUCAGUCAACAAGCAUUCAUUAAGCACCUGCUAGGAUUACAGAUAACCUUGUUCACCUAAAACUGGGAACACUAGGACUUGGCCACAUCAAAUUAACACUUGCAGUUUUUUCAAGACACAGAAAAAGAAGUAUUGCUUCACACAGUGAGUAGAAAGCUCAGGAAACUCAUUACCCUUAGGAGGGGUCAGGGGCUGAAAGUAUGAAAAGAAUUCAAAGUGUUGUAAUGUGUUAAUAAAUUAAUUAUAAAGCUGUAAAAGAAAUUAGAUUAAGUUAAGCUAGGGAUGUUUCAAGGACAUGCCCAACCAUUUGAGGUUAACAUGGAAAGGUACUCCCCUGAUUGUCUAUCAGAGACCGAGCACCAGACUGUAGAGACCAGAAACCUGUGUAAAAAUUCUUAUGGUUUUAUGACCGUGGGGUCAGAGGAGGAGAAGACCUGUGAUUUCAUUGGUGUAGCGAAUUCCCAACAAAGAAUCUCCCUCUACUAGUGCAUAUUAGCAACUCAUCUACUACUUAUUCUUCAAGAGUUGCCUAAGCCACUGGGUGGUUGUGACUCACUUAGGGUCACACAACAUGCAUCAGAAGUGAGACUUGAACCCAGGUCUUCUUGACUCUGAUGCUAGCUUCCUAUCCUUUUAGCAUAUGGAAAUCCCUGGACUGUUAUAGUAUCUGCAUUCCCCAACUCAUCACGGACCAUGAAAAAGCCCUUCCUUCAGAGGCUAGAACACAUCCCAGCUGCCAUUUGGGAGGAUGCAGGUAACUGAGCCAGCCUUUUCCAUACUCAACUCUAAAACUGAAGAUGUCAUUCAAAGCUUUCUAACCUGGUCACUGUGCCUGGAACUAGUUUAUCAGAGUCUUUCUACCUCUCACAUUCUAUAUAAUCUAGUGUCACCAACACUGGACAGUUGGUUAAUUCUAGGUGAUUUCUGUGAUGCCAAGGAAAACAAUAACAAUGCAACCUUUCAUGAUAGAAAGGAAAAGACCAAAAUGCAGAGGUCAUAAAUGCCUCACCUUCUACCCUCUGCAUGUCUACAGCUCCCUACAUGUCAAAAACCCAUAAGGUCAAAGGCUAGAAUUCUAUUUCAGAGCUGUGAGGAACUGCACCGACUAUGAAAGACAACAGGAGCCUCUUGCCUGAAUGCCAGGUUGCACCAAAUGCCAUGCCAAGAGCAUAGCAUUUGAUGAAAACCUUGUCAGGGUCUCUGUCCCCCCUCCUUUUUUUUAAAUAAAACCAAAUGUGAUUAUCCAACUUGCCCUCUAACUCAGGGGGAAAGACUAACUAUGCGGGAUCGUUUUUUUUUUUCCCUUUGUAUCUGAUAAUUCAUAUUAAUGGUUGUAUUUAAUGUAUUUUAUACUCUUUAUCUGGUUUUGACUGACUGGAGAUGUAUGUAUCAUUUCUCUUGGAGGGAAAAAAUAAAUGGUUU